AUGCCGCAGACUCACCAAAUCCAAAAUUGCGAUUUAGAAAAACAAAAGUACAACUACGUCGAGAGAACCAACAGCUUACCUUCGCACUACGAAGAUUUAUACCUAAUCGGCAGAGCAGAAGUUCGAGAAAAAAUCAUGACUGUCAUCACCACUUCACCGCAGCAAAGCCCGUCCGCGGCGCUUUCCAAGGGGCUGUCCUCCAUCGACCAGGACGGCAAAGCCGCGACCAGCCACACGCCGGUGACGAACUCGCCCGCUUCUUCCGAGUCCGGACAGGAGCUCUCCUCUCCGGAAGAGCAUCAGGACGUGGAGACAACCCCUUUCGGUGCGAAACAAAAGCUGCGCAUUUCCGCGCACGCGAAGCAGGUGUCGGACGACCUGAAGAAGUGCGAGAAGGAGCAGGAGGUUUUGCUGAAAGAGAACAAGCAGCGGUGGGUGACCUUUCCCAUCCACUACCCCGAAAUCUGGGAGAUGUACAAGCAGCACGAGGCCUCCUUCUGGACCGCGGAGGAGAUCGACCUGACGGCCGACAUGGCGGACUGGGACGGGAAGCUGACGGAGAAGGAGAAGCACUUUCUGAAGCACGUGCUCGCGUUCUUCGCGGGCUCCGACGGCAUCGUGCUGGAAAACUUGAACAUCAACUUCGCGUCCGAAGUGCAGCUGCCGGAAGCCCGCGCGUUCUACGGGUUCCAGGCCGGCAUGGAGAACAUCCACUCGGAAACCUACUCCCUGCUGAUCGACCAGUGCUGCCGCAACGACGAGCAGGAGAAGCAGAAGCUGUUUCACGCGAUCACCACCAUCCCGGUGAUCAAUAAAAAGGCCAGUUGGGCCGCGAGCUGGAUGAACAACGAGCUGUGCUUCGCCAUGCGGCUGAUCGCGUUCGCGUGCGUGGAGGGGAUCCUGUUCUCCGGGUCGUUCUGCGCCAUCUACUGGCUGAAGAAGCGCGGCCUGAUGCCGGGGCUCACCUUCAGCAACGAGCUGAUCGCCCGCGACGAGGGGCUGCACGCGGAUUUCGCCUGUUUGCUCUACAACAUGCUGCAGAACAAGUUGCCCGAAGAGAUCGUGUUCGAAAUCGUCCGCGGAGCGGUUGACGUGGAAAAGGAUUUCAUCUGCGACGCGCUCAGCUGCGACCUGAUCGGCAUGAACGCGAAACUGAUGCAACAGUACAUCGAAUUCGUGGCCGACCGGUUGUUGGUCUCGUUGCACUACAACAAACUCUACAACGUGAAGAACCCCUUCGACUGGAUGGAGCUCAUCUCGCUGCAGGGCAAAACCAACUUCUUCGAGAAGCGGGUCGGCGACUACCAGAAGGCCGGGGUCAUGAAGGCGGCCGAGGGAGCGGGGAACGGAACCAACACCGGCGCGGAAAUGCACGGUUUCUCGAUCGAUGAGGACUUCUAAGGAAGUGGCUGUGCUCAGGUCUCACGUAAGAUAGUCAGAAUUUUGUACCUCGAUGAAAAUGAAAUUGAUGCGGACAAGCGAAAGCUGCUGAAUCUCGAAACGAAAACCUCGGCCUCAUACGAACUGAAUUUUGGUGCUACUGCUGGGACUUGCGUUUUAUCCCGUUCGGGGCUGCUGCAAGUAGUGUGCAUUAUGCAUUUCAAAUAUGUUGAAGUGAACGUAGUAAAAUUGAGCUCGUCGUCCCAUUGUAUACUCAUAAAUGUAUGAUGAUUUGUUUUUCUAGUCUUAGUAAACCGUUGAACUUCUUUUCCAGUGUACAGACUUGGUUGUUGCAGCACGCGACGUAUCUUCUAAAAGUCUUCUUACAAAAGGAGGGUUUUAGUUGCACGGUGUAGUAGGUAGCAGGGAGAGGUUUCCUGCUUGUCCAGAAAUAACUAGAGCAACUCACGGCAAAGGGAAAGAGCUUCUAAACUCUCAAUUUCUUGCUUUAGAAAAUAUUAUGUCGGACUUUCUUUAGUUUCCUGUACGAGUCGUUGCAAGCGCAAUCCGCUGAAAAGCCAAAGGAAAACCGAUGCCGAAGAGAUAAGACGCUCGUAUGUUUUGUGUCCAGUAGAAGUGCACUUGUUGAGUUUCAAU